GUUUUUCGCGCAUUUGAAGAGGUUUUUCCCGAAAUUAUUCAGCAACAAAAAACAUCUAAAGAAUUUUUUGAAUUUUCAUAUUUUUUAGAACUCAUUAAAUCAUUCUUGACAACAACUCCCACUCGAGAAUCAUUGAAACUAAAACGGCAUCACUGCCUCAACAUUUGGUCAUUUGCUAGACAAUUCAAUUCUCCCGAUAUUCUGAAAUUCGCCAUUGAAAACUGUGCAUAUAUUAAGAAUUAUUAUCCAGUAGUACAGUGCGAACACAUCGAAUAUUUAAUCAGACGAUGUCGAGAAGAAUUCGCCUUAAAGGAUUUAUGA